CCUCCGGUGUCCUGAACACAGUCUAGACAAUUCUCGAAGCAGUAUGAAAGUAACUUGUUUAGCCAUAGUUGUGGCACUUGCAUGUGCUUCAUCAGGCCAAGCAAACGUUAGUUUGGAAGAGGCCUGGGAGAAGUUCCAACUUGAAUACCCUUUGGGCGUUCAAACGAAAGCUGAAUAUGGAAAAUGCAAAUCGAACUUUGCAAAAACGCAUUCCAUGAUCGAAGCGCACAACUCCAAUCCGAACUCAACUUAUCAAAUGGAACACAACCGAUUCUCCGUCAUGGAUGACGAGCAAAUGAAAAAAUACCUGGGAGCCAUCCUACCAACACCUUCAAGCUCCCAAACGUACCUGAAAUUUGCAGUCAAAGCGCUGCCAUCGUUCGUUGAUCACCGUCAACACUGGUGCAUGCAGCCUGCCAAGGAUCAAGGUGACUGUGGAAGUUGCUGGGCUUUCUCUGCCACUUCGGUGGUUGAAUUUGGCCAUUGUCUCCUUCGCGGAACCAAAGUGGCUCUAAGCGAACAGCAGUUGGUGGAUUGCGACAGGUCAAACUAUGCCUGCGGAAAGGGAAACGUGGCAAGAACUUGGAUGUACAUUGCCAAUGCGGGUGGCCAGGCCGCUUCUGCGUCAUAUCCUUACAAGGCGGCGAAAGGCACCUGCGUUUAUAACUCAUCCAUGAAGAAAGCCACCGUUUCACAAAACGAUCCUGUUGUCAGUAUCGCUCCUGGUGACAUUAAUACGAUGAUGAGCCUAUUGGCUAAAAGGCAGCUCGUUUCAGUCGCAUUCGCCAUUGUCAGAUCGUUUGAAAAUUACAGGAGCGGUGUGUACACGGAGGCUAAUUGCCAAUCUAACAUCAGAGGUCACCACGCCGUCACGCUCGUCGGUUACGGCACUGCAAACGGCAUGGAUUAUUGGAUAAUUCGUAACUCGUGGGGAGCAAGGUGGGGAGCCGCAGGAUACGUCCUAUUCCAAAAAGGCAAAAACCUAUGCGGCAUCGAGUCAUACGCGUUGACCACUAACGUCGUUGGAUGA